UAUAAAUUACAAGGACGAUACUCACAAACCUUAACCAUUACAACACUCCUUCUGCAAUCUUCAUAUCUAACUAAGAGUUUUUGUUUUCUCUCCCUCUCUCUCUCUCUCGUUUGUUUAUAUACAUAAGUUUACUACAAGAUGUCAUUGUCAACGUUGGAGAAGGAGGAGAAUCACCGGAAAAUGGCCGCAGACAAGGCAGAGAAGGGGAGGAAGAAGAGGGCAAUGUGGGAAAGAAAGUGGAAGAGAUUGGACAUUGUGAAAGCUUUUGCUUCCCUCUUUGUGCAUUUCCUAUGUCUCUUGGCUCCUUUCAAUUUCACUUGGCCGGCCUUAAGAGUCGCCCUUAUUGUUUAUACCGUGGGUGGGCUCGGUAUCACCGUCUCUUACCACCGAAAUCUGGCUCACCGGAGCUUCAAAGUCCCUAAAUGGCUCGAGUAUUUCUUCGCUUAUUGCGGCCUUCUUGCCAUUCAGGGAGAUCCUAUUGAUUGGGUGAGCACACAUCGAUACCAUCACCAGUUUACAGAUUCUGAUAGGGACCCGCAUAGUCCUAAUGAGGGCUUUUGGUUCAGUCACCUCCUAUGGCUAUUUGAUACCGGUUACCUUGUAGAAAAGUGUGGAAGAAGGACAAAUGUGGAGGACUUAAAGAGGCAGUGGUACUAUAAAUUCCUUCAAAGAACAGUCCUUUACCACAUUCUAGCAUUUGGUUUCCUCCUCUAUUACUUUGGCGGUCUCUCGUUUCUUACUUGGGGAAUGGGUAUUGGCGUAGCAAUGGAACAUCACGUGACUUGCCUUAUCAACUCACUUUGCCAUGUUUGGGGAAGUCGGACUUGGAAGACAAAUGACACUUCUCGUAAUGUUUGGUGGCUAUCAGUAUUCUCGUUUGGAGAGAGCUGGCACAACAAUCACCACGCAUUCGAGUCAUCGGCGAGACAAGGCUUGGAAUGGUGGCAAAUCGACAUCUCUUGGUACAUCGUCCGAUUUCUCGAGAUUAUCGGUUUGGCUACUGAUGUCAAGUUGCCUUCAGAUAGUCAACGACGUCGUAUGGCAUUGGUUCGUUGAAGAAUAUGGAAUAUAUUCGACUUCUCGUCUCAAUUAAGUUUGAAGUAUUAGCUAAUGUCUACGUACGUUUAAAGUUUUUUGGGUAAACGUAACACUUGUAAUAUUGUGCUAUGCGGUGUUGUUUUUGUCUUGUGGUGUGUUUUGAACCAGCUUGCUUAAUUAAGAUACGUUUGUUUCCAUGUGCACGAAAUUUUAAUAUGCGUAAUGAAGUU